AUGGAGAUUGAUAAGAUUGUCGCUGAGCUUCGCCGGACGUUCGACAGUGGCAAGACUCGUCCUAUUGCCUGGCGCAAAGAGCAGUUGCGGAAUUUGUAUCAUCUUAUUGUCGACAACCGCGAUCGAUUCAUAGAAGCCAUCUUCAAGGAUAUCGGAAAGCCGCCCGUUCAGGUAGAAGUUUUGGAGACCUUAUGUGUUGCCAAUGAAAUUGUCCAUUUUUUGCAAAAUCUCGACGACUGGCUCAAGGAUGAGGUAGUCGAGACUAUGCCACCUUUUGAGAAUUGGUCUCCUAUCAUCCGAAAACAGCCAAAGGGAUCGGUUCUUGUACUUGGAACAUGGAACUACCCUUUGACAUUGACACUUCUGCCCUUCAUCGGAGUCAUUGCCGCUGGAAAUACUGGUAUCCUGCGUCCUAGUGAAUUCGCACCCGCCACCGCAGACCUCCUCGUAGAACUAUUCCCCAAAUACCUCGACCCCAGCAGCUUCCGCUGCGUCAUCGGCGGCCGCGAAGCCGCCGAAGCCCUCCUCAAACACUCAUUCGGCCACAUCCUCUUCACCGGUGGCCUCAAAGUCGGCAAGGAAGUCAUGAAAGCAGCCGCCAACAACAUCACUCCCAUCACACUGGAACUAGGUGGCAGAAAUGCUGCUAUUGUCUCGGACAAGGCCAAUGUUCGUCUUGCCGCCAAACGAAUUCUGUGGGGAAAAGCUGCCGCUGCUGGCCAGACUUGCUUUGCGCCCAAUGUUGCGAUUGUGCAUGAGGCUGUUUAUGAUGAGUUUGUAGGCGGUCUUAAGGAUUAUUAUGCCGAGUUCUACAAAGGCAAAGCCGAGCUCCCCUCAGUCGGCCAUAUCGUCAAUGCCGCCCAAUUCUCCCGCGUGCAAUCCCUUUUCUCCUCAACAAAGGGCAAAAUCAUCCUCGGCGGCGAACUGAACUCAACAACCUACUUCAUCGAACCCACCAUCGUCACCGACAUCGAAGUCGACGACGCCCUCCUGCAAGCCGAAGUCUUCGGGCCCAUCCUCCCAGUGAUCAAGGCCAAGGACACCGACCAUGCCCAAACACUCGCUAGAGAAAUCGCACCUGAAUCCUUGGGCCUAUAUAUCUUCUCUGAAGACCUCGAGGAAGCCAACAAGGUCAUCAACGCCCUUCCCAACGGCUCUGCUUCCAUCAACGACGUAAUGGCUCAAAUUGCGCCGACCAGUAUGCCAUUUGGUGGGUUUGGAAGUAGUGGAUUCGGCGCGUAUCGCGGUAAAGCUAGCAUUGAUACAUUCUCGCACAAGCAGUCUAUUGUGACUGUGCCGACCGUUCCGGAGUUUGAGACUAUGUUGGAGUGGAGGUAUCCGUAUGCGGAUCAAGAGAAGACGGUGGAGUUUAUUAGGGCGAAUAUGUUGGCGCCACUUCCUCCUCAAUAA